GAGAGGGGAUGAUAUUAUAGGGGAGGGGGCGGUGGUGGUGCUCGGCCUGCCCUGCUCCUCAGCACAAGGAGCUGCCCAGGAAGGGACUUCGGUAUCAACUUCAUCUCUAGCAUUACCAAACCUAUCAGCUUUCAGUAUCAUGUCCAGUACACUUACGUCCGGAGCAGUGAGUGAAUCUCUCGAUAUAAUAAGUCUGUCAGAACACGCAGGCUGUGGGAGAACCCAAUGAUAUGUUCUGAGCUCACAAGCUUCGAGUCGCGCAACUUCUGAAGGCAGCCACGGUAGCGGUCAUGAUGCAAUCUCUCCUCCCAUCUUUGCGGCCCCUCUCAGCUCUGCAGCUCCGGCCGGAGUCCUGCCUGGGAACUUGCCCUCUUCUUUGUAUGUCAGCAAAAGCUGCUCGUCCAAGUCUGACUAUCGGCUUUGCUUGCUCGUGCUCAAAACAAUCCUGCUCGGCCUCGCUCAAACAUCCAUCAUCGUCACUGCUAGACUCGGGAUCGCCAUCACUUGAAUCAUUCUCAUCGCCGCUACUUGACAGUUCGACCUUCUCCGCCCCAACGUCAAUGAAGCAUUGGCCGCUCCCAGUUCAAGAACGAUUAGCCCCUGUAUGGGACCGGUUCUUGAAUUUUGUCGAGCAGCGCACGGUUUCUUCCCUCCAGACAGGGAGGGCAGAACGAUGUAUUCCCACGAACGGCCUUCGUUCCACAUCUAGCGCAGCUUUGCCUCCUCUUCUUCUCGCAUGCCGAGCCCGGCAGCCACCUCAGGCAACAACCCCUCGUCACGUCCCAUCUCAUCGUUGACUACAAACGACGGGUCCCCCUACCGCUGCAGAAGCAGUACCAUUUGCUGAGUACGAGGAAUGGCCCUUCCAAGGCCUUCUCAAAUGCACCAAGAUCGGGGAUGAUGUGACGUACAAUCUUGAGUUCAAACUGCCAUCGAUCUCGAGCCACCUUCACCUACCGAUUAAUCCCGAAGCAUUGGACAUCAAUCACGACACUGCUGCACAUCCAAGAUAUAUC